AUGUUUGAGGUCAAGGAUACCGGCCAGGGUCUCUCGGAAGAUGAGAAGGCGAACCUCUUCAACAGGUUUGUGCAGGCAAGCUCGCGUACACAUGUGAAAUACGGCGGUUCUGGCCUUGGCUUGUUCAUAUCAAGGCGCCUGACGGAGCUGCAAAGGGGCGCGAUCGGCGUAUCAAGCUUGCCAGGUGUUGGAUCGACAUUUGCCUUCUUCAUCGAGGCAUACGUCCCGUCGGAAGCAUCGAGGAGAGAGGCCGAGUCUGCGGCCGCGGCUGUAAGAAUGACAACAGCGGCCACUGCAACCAGCACUCCACUCUCGGCACCGAGGACCAAAUCCAACGCAAACGACCAGAGGACACCUGGCUCACGACCAAAGCCAAACAUCCACGAUCCUCGCCUCGAUGGCAUUCUGGUUGUGGAGGACAACCUAAUCAAUCAGCAGAUCACCAGGAGAGGCCUCUGCGACCGAGGCUUCCAGGUUGAUGUGGCCAAUCACGGCGUCGAAGCUUUGGAAAGGCUCAUGCAGUCCACGUCGCUGCAGCAUCAGGAGGAACAGGAGUACUUUAGCCGCAGCGUCUCGAGCAUCCAAGCCCCCCCUGUGCCUAUCAACAUGAUCCUGAUGGACAUAGAGAUGCCAAUCCAGGACGGCUUGACAUGCACAAGACGUAUUCGAGAGCUGGAAGGCGAAGGGCAGGUGUUCUGCGCCAGUGGCGGCCGAAUUCCCAUCAUCGCCGUCAGCGCCAACGCCAGACCGGAGCAGAUGCAACAAGCCAAGAGCGCGGGGUGUGACGACGUGCUCGUCAAGCCCUAUCGGAUGCCGGAGCUGAUUGAGAAGAUGCAGGUGGUCGUCCGUCGGAUGGGGGGACUGUCUCCAGCGUCGCCCGUACUAUAA